UGUGGUCAUAGUUGACAAUCUCGAAUAUUCGUCAAAAUUUUAAGGAAUGGCCAUCUGUCAUCUGUCAAAGAAAUUAAAUAAUCAUUUCAUUCAUGUUGUUCACUUCGCGGCGUACAGAACAAGUUACUUGAGUUUUCACAAAAUUAUUAUAAAUAACAGUCAAAAAGCAAAAAUGUCUACAAAUACUUCUGAAAUUGGAUCACAAAAAGUAAAAAGCAUCGCAACCGGUGAGACUUUUGAGUUGAAGCGUUUCUGGGAGGAUCAGAAUGUGGCCAUUAUCUUCUUCCGCCGCUGGGGCUGCAUGCUCUGCAGGCUGUGGGCUAAAGAGUUGAGUGAAAUAACCCCAGUUUUGAACAAACACAAUAUUAAGCUGAUCGGUGUUGGAGUGGAGGAGGCGGGCUCCAAGGAGUUUGUUGAUGGAAAAUUCUUUGAUGGAGAACUGUAUUACGUGGAUGACUUAUCAACGUACCAGCGUCUUGGCUUCAAGAGAUUCAACGUAGUCACGAUCAUUACGUCAUUAUUCUGGAAGCAGUCGCGUGACGCCAUCUCUAAGGGGCGUGGCUUGGGUCUGGAUUCCGACCUUAUUGGUGACGGAUUACAAAAUGGCGGCGCUUUAUUAUACAGAAAAGGCGGGAAACUAAUUAACCACUUCGUGCAAAUGGGACCGGCCGACCGAAUGCCGAAUACGGAUAUUUUAGAGCACUUCGGUCUCGAAAACGAGUACAACCCAGAGACAAUGGCGAACAAGAAGGCCGAAGAAAAGGAGUGCACUACAGAAGCGAAGCCCUAAGCCGUGGCUACAGACUCUACAAUCCCGCUCGCUUGCCCCCAUCCACACGAUAUGGACGGACAGGCGAUGUAAACGCACCUGGGUGUAGUAUCCAAUACAUUGACGGUUUUCUAUGGACCUUGUUAACUAUGAGACUGAAGUUACCACGCAAUGAAUGUGUGGCAAGCGAAAUUGUAAGUUUAAAGGUGCCUUGAAUAUGUUUUAUUGGUACCUUGGUUUUGUUGAGGAAAUUAUAAUGCUAUGCUAUUCGUUAGGUAGGUUCAGAUUAAUGAGAUUUGUCGUUCACUCGCUGAAUGAAUGAGUGAACUGUAAAUUCUCUCGUCUAUAUGUUUAUUCAAUAAAGGAAUGUGUGAAGUAAUUUAGACAAUUGAUUUAAUGUAAUGGUGAUCAGAAAAAAAGUUAAAAUGAACUUUUAAUUAAAAAUCGUAAAUUCUGUUUUUAAUAGGAGUAAUACAUAAAUAAUUGAUACACUAUUUAAUUAUAGUGAAAUAUUCUAGAGAACCUAUAAAGAGUUUUGUUUGUUUAACAAAAUCAGAGUUAUAAAAAGAGUAAUGAUUUAAUAAAUUCAUACUGAAAACAUUAUGCAAAGUUUUUUAUCAGUCGCGUAAUAAACUGCGAUUACUUGAUUCUGAAUCAAUCAAAAAGAUUUUUAAAUUAUCUUAUUUGCCUAUCUAACGAGGCUUUACUUAAAAUUGGCAGCUUUAAUUAAUGUUCUUAAUUAACACUCCUGCACAGAGGAAUUGAAUCCUUGUGUUGCGUUUCUAAAACAUUCAAGUCACAUACACAAAGACACCCAGACUCAGGACAAGCAUUCGUGGACCACACAACUGCUUGUCCUGCGCGGGGAUCGAACCCGCGACAUGUCGCGUACAGUGGGUUUGGUUUUGUGACCUCAACCUCUCGGCUAUCCGCUAUAUAGUUGUUUUUUACAACGAAUUCAAAAGACAUUUAUUUUUUAGUAUUAUUGUAAUAUUAGAUUUUGUUUUAUAUAUUUUUAUGAAUUUAUCUUAUAUUUUAUUAUUUAUUUAUUUUAAAAUAAUGACGUGAAAUCCAAGAGAGUUGUUAAAUUGAUAGUUUUUAAUAUUUAACGAAAAUUAUAGUCAAUGUACUGGAUACUACGUAUGGACUGAUUAUUAUAAAUGUUGUAUUUUUAUACCUGUAAUGUAAUUUAAUUUAGGGUGAUCGGUGUUUUGAACCUUAUUGCCUACAUGACAAGGUGCAUUUUUAUAUUUAAAAGACUUAAAAUAUUGUAAACAUUGUAAUGUAUGUUUGAGUUCAGAUGGUGAGCUUUGAAUGUGUAAAAAACAUAACUCUCCUUUUAACGCAAUCGGUGAAACAUUAGAUUCUACUGGUAAAUAGACUGACCCGGAUAACGUUGUUUUGCAAUAUGAAUGAUUGCUAGAGGCAUAGAAAAAAACAUUUAAUACGAAUAAGAAAAAGAUGGCGUCUGGUGUAAACCCUUAUCUCUAAAGGGUAUCUAAAAUACAUAGUAUUCGAUUCUCAGACCAAUUGAAAAUGCAUAUUAAACUUCAUCUGAAUCAGUCAAGCCGUUUUUGAGGAGUAUUUUAAUUAAAUUGUCUUCCGCCAAGGGCGUUAAAAACCGCACGUUCAAACUUACUAUCUGAAUUAAAACUUAAAAUAAAUAAAAUGUAAUAUAAAAAUAAUGCUUCAUUAGGUACUUAUACCAUCCCUAUCAGCUUAUUCAUUCUGAAGCUGAACGAGUGAUACUAUUACAUAGUAUUUAAAGGCUGUUCUGGUUUAGCCUUUUAAACGCAUUCGCGGUUACUUACAAAUAUGGGGGAAGCCGCCAGAUGGCAGCUAUAUUCAACACGUUAUAGUAACAAUAGGGUAUUGAUAAAAGAACAGUAUAGUCCGUCGGACAAUUUCCAAAAUGAUAUUUGACACGCUUUUUCUUAUUUUAUCUCGUAAACAAAAAGAAGGCGAUACAGUGAAAUUAAACCUUGUGUGACGUCACUUACCAGUACGCCUCUAUGUUACUAGUCGUGACGACCACACAUUUCAUCAUGUUAGGUGCGUUCAAUCUUCGUUCCUUUUUCAUUAUGUGAUAAAAUGAAUAAUACGUAUUAUAUAUUUUUGGGUAAUCUGUCAGAAGGAUUAAACAUAUUUUUUUUCCUUUACACUAUUGUUUUUAUACAGGCAGCUUUAUUUCUCACAGUGGUGACUUAAAAUCAUGGGAAUAUAUGGUAGUUAAAUAUGAUGAGGUCGGGUGUUCGAUACUGAAAGAGGCAGAGGGUUUAUUAUUUAGGUCCAUUUCCUUCGUUUUAACUUUUUAGUACAUAGCCUCUUAAAAGGUUAGUGCAUGCAGUCUUAAAAAAGUGUUAGCUUGCCAUGGAUUGUACAGAGAGGUCAUUAGACGUGUAUAAAGGCUUAAAUAUUGGUUUAUAGAUAGCCAAAGUGGACCAAAAGUAGUAACGCGAUUGUCAUUGGUUUUCCUAUAUUUUAGGAGUCUACUUAUCUUGUGAGAGGGUGUAAAUUGUUACAAUAGUGGGACUUAUAAAAUUCCAAAAUGAUUAAGACUGGGUUAUUUGUUAAAGUUAUUAAUUGAUUUGAAACAAUGAAUUCCAUGAUGGACUGUAAUGAUUUAUUCGAUUAAACUGUGUCACAUAGCCUAUGUAAAUGGUUGAGUACCUUUAUGUCGACUAAUCUCAUUGGUUGGUUGACAAAUAUUAUAUUGAACAGUUUUAAACAGAGAGCGAAGAAAACUAAAGCCAAGUAUAGGAUUUUGAAAGUCAUAAAAUGUGUAAGUUCGUUCUAUGGGACUCGAAUUGUAGAUUCUUAACAAAAAAAACUAUGAUAUAAAUCGAAUGCAGUAAAUAUUUUGUAACCAGAAUGGUUGAUAGUGUGGAAGCGAGACGGCACAUACAAUGCCUAGCGGCGUCUCCCUUUCACAACGAUAACACAACAGUCCCUCUAGCCAAAA